AACCGUAAGUAAAGAUAGCGGCAGUCAUCGCUAUUUAAAGUGAAGCAGAGACACAGAACCCGGAUGUUGUCAGAGUCGCGGUUGGCGACACUGCCAGCUUUCAAGAGGGCGACUCUAUUGUGCUCAUAGGCGAGAAGCCCUCAAGGAGGCGCGCAGGAGCACUUCCGCCCGGUUCUCCUUCCCGCAGUCUGCAGCGGGAGUAAGAUGGCGGCGCUCAGGGCCCUCUGCAGCCUCCGGGGUGUCCCGGCCCAGGUGUUGCGGCCCGGGGCCGGGAGCCGACUGCCGAUUCAGCCCAACAGAGGUGCUCGGCAGUGGCAACCAGAUGUGGAAUGGGCAGAGCAGUUUGGGGGAGCUGUCAUGUACCCUACCAAGGAAACAGCCCACUGGAAACCUCCACCUUGGAAUGAUGUGGAUUCUCCAAAGGACACAAUGGUGUCGAACUUGACCCUCAACUUUGGGCCUCAGCACCCAGCAGCCCAUGGAGUCCUGCGACUAGUGAUGGAAUUGAGUGGGGAGAUGGUGCGGAAGUGUGACCCUCACAUCGGGCUGCUGCACCGAGGCACUGAGAAACUCAUUGAAUACAAGACCUAUCUGCAGGCCCUUCCAUACUUUGACCGGCUGGACUAUGUGUCCAUGAUGUGUAAUGAACAGGCCUAUUCACUGGCUGUGGAGAAGUUGCUCAACAUCCAGCCUCCACCGCGGGCACAGUGGAUCCGAGUGCUAUUCGGAGAAAUCACACGGCUUUUGAAUCACAUCAUGGCUGUAACCACACAUGCCCUGGACAUUGGAGCCAUGACCCCUUUCUUCUGGAUGUUUGAAGAAAGGGAGAAGAUGUUUGAGUUUUAUGAACGAGUAUCUGGAGCACGAAUGCAUGCUGCUUACGUCCGCCCAGGAGGAGUGCACCAGGACUUACCCCUUGGACUUAUGGAUGACAUCUAUGAGUUUUCUAAGAACUUCUCUCUUCGGAUUGAUGAGGUGGAGGAGAUGCUGACCAACAAUAGGAUUUGGCGAAACCGGACAGUUGACAUUGGGGUUGUAACAGCAGAAGAUGCGCUAAACUAUGGUUUCAGUGGGGUGAUGCUCCGGGGCUCAGGUAUCCAGUGGGACCUACGGAAGACACAGCCCUAUGAUGUUUAUGACCAGGUGGAAUUUGAUGUUCCCAUUGGCUCCCGAGGGGACUGCUAUGAUAGGUACCUAUGUCGGGUGGAGGAGAUGCGCCAGUCCCUUCGAAUCAUCUUACAGUGUUUAAACAAGAUGCCUCCUGGGGAGAUCAAGGUUGAUGAUGCCAAAGUGUCUCCUCCUAAACGAGCAGAAAUGAAGACUUCUAUGGAGUCACUGAUUCAUCAUUUCAAGCUGUAUACUGAGGGCUACCAAGUUCCUCCAGGGGCCACAUACACUGCCAUCGAGGCCCCGAAGGGCGAGUUUGGUGUUUACUUGGUAUCUGAUGGCAGCAGCCGCCCUUAUCGAUGCAAGAUCAAGGCUCCUGGUUUUGCGCACUUGGCUGGUUUAGACAAGAUGUCAAAGGGACACAUGUUGGCAGAUGUCGUUGCCAUUAUAGGUACCCAAGAUAUUGUGUUUGGAGAAGUAGAUCGGUGA